AUGAGCUCAAAGCCGAUCGCUCAGAGUGACUUUCCCAUCGUCUAUGAUGGAGGCAGCAAUUCAUUAAAGGAGAGUAGUGUCGUCGGUCCUCAAACGUGUAUGCUUGAUAAAUUGCGACGCACAAAGUCAAUGCCCAAACGAGGACAAAUGGAGAAGCCAAAAAUGAAUACUGUGAGAACCGAAUCACCUCCAGCAAAAUGUGACUAUUUUAAGGGCUUUAAUCGAGCCAAAUCUCGGUUUUUCCAUUCCUGCCGCCUCACGAAAUCAGAGAAGAGUGAAAAAUCACCAAAGAAUCCCCUUUCUACCGCCUUUUGCAAGCACAAUCAUUAUCAACCGCAGCAUUCUAGGCCGUCUGUGGUUUCCGAAACGGAUACAGUUGCAUCCACGCUUUCUUUCGAUGAAGAGGAUAAAAAUGAUGAAGAGGACAAUAAUUUAUCUGGCAACUACGAGCAUCCCAUGCUCGCGGAGUUGGAGGCCGAACUGACUGUUCCACCGCCACCGCCUAGAGCUCGUCCAGCAUGGCUCAAAUCUGCGUUGGAGAAGUCUCGCGAGACCUCAGAAUCGUCUCGACAGGCAAGAGCUCCAUCUCCCGUGGAUAUUGCCUCCUUGGCCGCGUCUGUCUACUCCGAGGAUGGCAGUUUCCUGAACUACUUUGACGAUGAGGAGAACAACGGUCAUGAGGAUGUCAGAAUCUAUCCAGUCUUGCAGAAUGGUAUUAAGAUCAGUGACACUCAUUACUGGGUUAUUAAUCCUCCCAAAAGUCGAUCAAGACAUUGGCAAGAUUCAAGGAUCACUUCUGCCGGUAGACCGACCAGUUUAUCCACCAAACUAUUGCAUGAAGACCAUCCACAUUACGAAAACCUUCCAGACACUUCAGCAUGCUCUUCACCUGGAACAAAUAUACAAAGCGAGGACUUCCAAUCGACCAAACUCCAAAGAGACAGAUCUGAGUGCAAUAAAGAGGUGUUGCGACUCAUUCAACGAACCCUAGUUGAGAAGUUGCAAAGUCAAGUACCCAAUGCAAGACCCGAUGAAUGUCGAGCUGUUCUAAUUGGCUCAAGUUGGAAUUUCCAAAAGGCGCAAAAACGUCUAAAAGUAGAGCUACUUUGUCGGUUGGGCUGCGCCUCUAAAUCCACCUGUGAGCGAAUUCUCGAAAGGAUGGAUUGGGAUUUUGAUGCAGCUACCGACUACAUACGCAGUAGUGAUAGUCCUGGCCAACCCACUCCUCUUCCCAUCUAUCGUGCGGCGCUAUCACGCACCGCCAGCAGUACUGGCGAUUCGGCCAGCGUCACACCUGACAACUCGCCCGACAUCCUCUACCUUAACGCCACAUCCGCACCGUUUUCCUGA